AUGAUCUGUCGACGAGCUACACAAAGGCUGACGGAGUACGAAUCCAUGCUGGAAGAGCUAUCCCAGAAACGAACCAACGCCAUCAUUCUCAAUAAGACUGAGCAGGCUGAAAGGUUACGUUUGGCGAUGAUCGACUGCCGAGAUACUGUACUUAGAGCCAUCCACGUCGAUCUGCUGCUUGGGCGAGACGAAGUGAGCCUUGUUCUGAAAGUUCUUUGCCAGGCAAUGAACCAGUUACGAGCAAUUGGUGUCAACUCGGAUUGGGCUCGAAGCAGUUGA